AAGAGACGAGGAAAAGGCGCGGCACAUCGUGCAUGCACAUGCAAAUAUAACUCCUCCCAGCUAUUUCCAUAAUAGGAGACAUCUCCCUACAUGUCCAUUUUUACGAAGGAUUCCCAUAUCCAUUGCAGUUGUAAAUGUUCUGAAGCUGUUGAGCCUUGUGCCACUGGUGCAGCGUGAAGCUCCGUGUAUUGUUCUGCUGCAGCACAGAAGGGACUUGGUUUAGCGCAGUUUGUCAGUUGUGAUAUUGUUCCGAGAAGAUUAGCUUCUGAAAGACCUUGCAUCCCCCUUUUGUGCCUACAAAAAAGGAACGGGUUGUGCUUAGUGACAUACUCUGGAGGGAUACAAGUAGAAGAUAAAUUGUGAGGCGAUAUGUCAUCGCUGUUUAAUCGCUCCAAGGAUUUCAACCGAACGCGGAAAUCGCAGUCUGAUUCCCCACCUUCCUCUCCAUCACAGACUACGAAGACGUUGCGUCAUGAAAGACUAUCAAGGUUGGAUUCCGGAAGCUCUAGUCUCAGUCCCACUGAUUCAACAAGUGACCGAGCCAGUUCUAGAGUUAGCUGUUACAGCCGCAGAGAGAACCGCUUGGCGUCUCUUGAAAGCAAGAAUGGAGAGGAAUCAGAAAGAAAUUUCAAAAAGCUCUAUGAGAAUGCUUACAGCGAAAAUGAAAAACUUAAAACAAACCUUCGAGAGGCCCAGGUUGAGCUUUCAGCUAUCAAGGCCAAACUGGAAAGAGUGGCAAAGAGACAGGACCAGUCUUCGAGUCAAGCAGCAGUGUUAGAGGCAGAAAAGAGGGAGAAGAGAGAUUUGGAACGCAGAAUGUCUGAGAUGGAGGAUGAGCUUAAGGUUCUUACUGACUUGAAAUCUGACAACCAACGUCUUAAGGAUGAAAAUGGAGCACUGAUCAGAGUGAUCAGCAAACUAUCCAAGUGAUAACAUUUCUGAAAACACUAAUAAAAUCCUAUACAGACCCCUGCACAUUCAUUAAACCCGUUGUAGUAACAUUCAGCUACACUGACUACUGGUGGUAACAGACCUGAUUAAGUUAUACAUUGCAACUAAAGCUUCACGAUUUUUUGUUACAUAUAAAGUUGUGUAUAAAAGAAAGAUUUUAAAGGAACAGUUCAGUGUAAAAAUAAAAACUGAGUAAAUAGAUAGGCUGU